AUGCUUCACAGCCUUUCAAGGGCUGCCAUUGAACAUGCAGAGACACGAGGUUUGGUGGUUCUUAGCGGAGCACGUGCCAGCGGCAGCCUGGCCUUUGGCUUCGGGCACAGCACCUCCACAGGCCUGUCAGAAGAGCAUUCCGAGCUUUCCGAGGAGGAGGAGGAAUUUGAUGUCGAGCCGGUGAGAGAAGAGAAAAUCUCGUGUUGCUAUCGCCUGGCUCUCUGCAUUGGUUAUUUUCUCCCUACCUGGGGGCAUUUGAGCCUUGCCAACGUGGGGCGAUCCUGGGCUGCGGGCGCCUUUGCCUUGUGGCAUUGUUUUAUGUUUCUGAACAGCACCAUCUUGAUCUUCAUCAACUGCACAUCUGGUGUGUUGCGCUGCUACAUCCAGUGGUUCUCAGAAAUGAGGGAGGGCGGCAACCCUUUCGUGAAGACGGGCGCAGGCAACUUUGUGGCGAUUUGCCAUUUCUUUGGUGCCUUUUUCAGGUCCUAUCUUCUCAUCAGCGUCGGCAGCGAUCUGAUGCGCUUUACCUAUUUGCUGUGCGUUGAUGCUUGGCGUCCCGACGCCUUUGAGGCCUAUCGAAGGCUGGUGGUCAGUGAUGCAUGGAAGGAGAUCGCAGUUGGCCAGUCCCUUGAUCUGAACCAAAGCCGGAUGCGGAACCGAUGA